UUUUUGAUACUAAAAUAUCUCGGCAUUUAGACUCAAGUGACGUGACCGUGCUCUAGACCUUUAAAGUAUAUACAUUUUUCAUAUUAUUAUGAUAGUUAUUUGAUAUUAAGUUUACUUGGUAACAAAGUAGGUGAUUGAUAAGUUUAUAAAAUGAGUAACGACGACUUGGGUUUGAUAAAAAAAGCGGUAAUUCAAAUUGGAGCUGGUGGGUCAGCUGGUUUUGUUGAAGUUUGUGCGAUGCACCCAAUGGAUAUCAUUAAAACACGUUUGCAAUUGCAAGUUAAAACUGAUAAAGUCAAUGCUUUGUACUAUACUGGAAUACGUGAUUGUAUGACUAAAAUGUAUCACAAUGAAGGUCUAGGUGCAUUUUGGAAAGGUAUAUUACCACCAAUUAUUGCUGAAACUCCUAAAAGAGCACUGAAAUUUUUCACUUUCGAACAGUACAAACAGUUAUUCAGCUCUAGUUCAAAUUUACCUUUACCUGUGAUUUUAGCAUUGGCUGGAUUCUGCGCUGGGAUAACUGAAGGAGUAGUAGUAAAUCCUUUUGAAGUUGUGAAAGUACACAUGCAGUCAAAUCGUUCACAGAUGAAACAUUUUCCUAGUACAAUGACGGUCACUAGGAAAAUAAUCCAAGAAAAUGGACUGGGAGGACUAAACCGUGGGCUGUCGGCAACGGCUCUGAGAAAUGGAAUUUUCAACUGCUGCUAUUUUGGGUUCUACCACUCGGUCAAAGGAUUUAUACCAGUCAAUAAAGAUCCUUGGAUCGAAUUCUUCACAAAAGUAGGAUUAGGAUUUACUGCUGGUACAUUGGCAUCUUGUUUGAACAUUCCGUUCGAUGUUGCUAAAAGUCGGAUACAAGGGCCGCAGGAUAAUAUUCAAUACAAGGGAACCUUCAAGACUUUGAAAAUUGUUUACCAAAAUGAAGGAUUAACGGCAUUAUACAAAGGACUUGUACCUAAAAUAUUGAGAUUGGGACCUGGAGGUGCAAUAAUGCUCGUCGUGUACGACUACAUGCAUUCCUUCUUGACAUUUAAAUUCCAAAGCCAAUUAAUUAAUUAAUUAAUAAUAAUUAUUAAAAUUUAUUAAACAUAUUUUUACUUCGAGUGAUCUUUGUACAUCAAAAUAAAUAAUCAAAUAAAUCAUUUGUAAAAAAAAAUUA